UCAUUUCAUUUCAUUUUUUGCUUUACCUUUACUGUUUCUCUCUCUCUCUAAGCUCUGGUUUCCUCCAUUACAAACCAAGCUUCCUUUUCUACCUUUCUUUAGGUCCCUACCACAAUCCUCUUCAUCAAUCACACUACCAACCAACUCCUUUUCCCCACUUCUUCUUUUUUCUCCACCAAAAUCAUCCAUUUUUAUUAAUCUCUCUCUCUCUCUUUUUCUGUUUCUAUGCAUUUUUCCCUUUAAAAAUUACAUUUUUUGUCUGACAUUACCUUCCAUUUUUCUUUUCUUUAUUGACCCAUUUGAGGUUACAAUCUCUUCUAGUUAACACUUCAAAGUUUCAUUUUUUGCAGUAUCUGGAAUUUAUAGGGCUUUGUAUUUUUUGUUCUUUUUUUUUUUCGUAUGCUCAUUGAGUCAUUUGGGGAUAAGAAACAAGACCCUUUAUUGUUUCUUUAAUUGUUGAAGGAAGAAGAUCAAAGAGGGUAACUUAGAUCCACACAAAGAUAGGAAUGUCUUCAUGAGUUGAUUCUACUGUAAGAAGAAUUUGGAAGAUAAAGAUUGACUUAUAGCAUCCAAUUAUGUCUUUGAAAGUCGAAUUGUCGAAGAAGACUUCAUUUUUAGGUUUGAGGUUAUGGGUUUUGAUAGGAAUAGGUGUUGGUGCAUUUAUAGUUCUGAUUCUUUGUAUAUUAUCUAUGUGGAUAAUGUUUCGGCGAAAAACAAAAAGAUCUGUGGACAAGUACUCGUUAUUUCAAAUACCACACGUCUCGAAAGAUAUCACAGUCGACAAAGUUGGUGAGCAACCUUCUCAUGAUCAAGUAGAGAGUGUGUCUAUUCAUGUUCAUGACAACUUACCACCAAGUGAUAAGAAUUCGGAGAAGUUGUUUGUUCAUUUGAGCAAAUCCAGUGAUCCUGAUAAUGUUAGUCAAUGUAGCUCGAUUUAUCAUCACGAGAGAGGACUUAGUUCGAUAUCGGGAGAAGAUGGAAACUUCGGAAAUGUUAAGAAGCACUCUACAUUGUCAUAUGGAGGGGCGGUAACUGCAUCUCCUCUGAUUGGCUUACCUGAAGUUUCUCAUCUUGGGUGGGGGCAUUGGUUCACACUUAGAGAUCUCGAACUUUCAACUAACCGUUUUGCCGCGGAGAAUGUUAUCGGUGAGGGCGGAUAUGGAGUUGUUUAUAAGGGAACAUUGAUUAAUGGAUCCAAGGUGGCAGUGAAGAGACUUCUUAACAACUUGGGACAAGCCGAGAAAGAAUUUAGGGUUGAAGUCGAGGCUAUAGGCCAUGUCAGACAUAAAAAUCUUGUGCGCUUACUCGGAUUUUGCAUAGAAGGAGUUCACAGGUUACUUGUGUAUGAGUAUGUGAACAAUGGUAACUUAGAACAAUGGUUACAUGGGGCAAUGAGCCAACACGGGGUACUUACAUGGGAAGCUCGCAUGAAAGUUAUUCUCGGCACAGCCAAAGCGCUUGCUUACUUACAUGAAGCAAUAGAACCGAAAGUUGUUCACCGGGAUAUAAAGUCUAGCAACAUUUUAAUUGAUAGCGAGUUCAAUGCAAAGGUUUCUGAUUUCGGUUUAGCCAAACUUUUGGAUUCAGGAGAAAGUCACAUAACUACCAGAGUAAUGGGAACAUUUGGUUAUGUUGCACCAGAAUAUGCUAAUUCCGGCUUGUUAAAUGAGAAGAGCGACAUUUACAGCUUUGGCGUUCUCUUACUAGAAGCGAUUACCGGAAGGGACCCUGUAGACUAUACGCGUCCAGCCAAUGAGGUGAAUCUUGUUGAGUGGCUUAAAAUGAUGGUGGGGACAAGGAGGGUCGAAGAAGUUGUGGACUCGAGCCUUGAAGUGAAACCAUCAACACGUGCUUUAAAGCGUGCUCUUCUUGUUGCGUUUAGGUGUGUCGAUCCUGAUGCAGAGAAGAGACCUAAAAUGAGUCAAAUUGUGAGGAUGCUUGAAGCUGAUGAAUAUCCAUUCAGAGAGGAUCGAAGGAAUAGAAAAAGCCGCACUGCAAGCAUGGAAAUUGAAUCUCUAACAGAUAUUUCUGGUCCUUCAGAUACCAGUAAGAUGAAGAAUUCUGAAGACAUUUCACUUGAAAAAACUCAAGGGUAGUAGAAUUGAGAGAAUUUCAUGACUUAACCUUGGUGCUCAAUUACCUUUAUAUGAAGUUUGUGUUGAGAAAACUUUUUUUGAUGCAUCUUGAGAAGAGAAUUAUAUGAAAGAUAGUUCAAUUGGACAAUGAAGCAUUAAUCAAAAGACAUGACACACCAAAUUUGCAAGGAGGAUGGAAUCAGUGUUAGUUUUGUACAUAUGUCUGCUGAGCUAAUACCCUCAUGAUUGCCAUUGUUUUUGUCUGAUGGAGAGUUGUGAUAAGAAAAAAAAAAAUGAUGUUUGGUGAAAAUUAGAUAUAUGGCUUCAUUAUCCUUGAAUUUUGCUUAAGUUAUGUAUUUAUAUUUAUAUAUGCUCCAAAAAGUCUCAAGUGAAGUUAUGAUAUCCCUCUCUUUUAAAUUAUUUCUUCA